CUGCGCAGGAAGCACGCUAUGAUGAGUUAAUGAGCUGCAGCUGUGCACGCUGCGGUGCACGCUCCCAGGAGGCAGAGACGAGAGAGACGAUGUUGGAGAUCAGGAUGGAGGACUGUGUUCUACGUGGAGAUUCCACUGAUCUGGUGUCGGUUCUCCGUGGUGAAGGUCUCACCAGCAUCACUCUGAGCAGACUGGACCAGCUGGUUACCAAGAGUCUGAGUGGGUCCGGUUUGAGCAGAGUCCAGGUGGUCUUGAAGAGUUUGGGGAUUCUCUCGGAGAACAAGGAGAACCUGCAGAGCCUGAUCGAGGUCGGACUGAUGGCCAAGGUGUUGUCGUGGUUUGAAGCGGUCCGUGUCCUUCUGACAUCUGACCUUCAGGAGACCUCCACCCCCCUGUUGAGCCUGACGGAGGAGUUCUAUGAUUACCUCCUGCUGCUGAGUCAGGCUCCUCUUCCAGCUGGUCCAUACCGGUCCGUACAGGUCCCAGCUGGUCCGUACUGGUCUCAGCUGGUCCAUACAGGUCUGUACUGGUCUCAGCUGGUCCAUACAGGUCUGUACUGGUCUCAGCUGGUCCAUACAGGUCUGUACUGGUCUCAGCUGGUCCAUACAGGUCUGUACUGGUCUCAGCUGGUCCAUACAGGUCUAUACUGGUCUCAGCUGGCCAUCCGCACAUUGAACAGCAUUCUGGAGUCGUUGAGCAGAGAACAGAGGAGACUGAUCCAGAACGACUCCAACCUCAACACAAUACUACUGCAGGUGGCAGCAGCAGUCCUGACAGCAGGAGAUUACGAGCUGCAGGUCAGCCUAUCAGAGGCUCUCUGUCGUCUGACCCCGAAGAAGGACCGUGAACAGAGAGCCAGUCAUUGGUUCUCCAGUCGUGACAUCAGCAGUGCCUUCUGUGACAUCAGAGAUGGAGACUUUGAAGUGGACUGUCGCCACUUCCUCAACUUUGUCAACAGUUGCCAUGGAGACCAGAGGAGGGUCUACACCUUCCCGUGUCUCCGAGCGUUCUUGGACUCCACAGAGCUGUUUCGCCCCAAAGAUGAAAAACUGGAUGAGUUCUGGAUCGAUUUUAACCUCAGCUCAGGAUGUGUGAGCUUCUUCAUCGAUGAGCCUCAGGGUUUCCUGUGGGGGUCGGUCCACCUGCUGAGAGAGGAAGUGGAUACCUUCAGUGUCCAGCUCAAACACCAAGGGUCCACCAGGACAGAGACAGUCCUCAGUGUCCGGCUGAAAAAUCCCAUCAUGCACCAUAACAGCCGAGGUCAAACAGUGGAGCUGAGCUUCAACACCAAACAUCAACAAGAGCUGGAGGAGGUAGCUGAAAGGGUCUUUCAGAAAGUGUCGAGUUCCCCCCACGCUGAGGACCUUUGUGGUUCGGCCCAGCAGUUCCCCUCUGUGGACCGACUGAGUGGUCGAUCAUACGGCAGAAAGAAACAGCAGAGCAAGACUCAGCUGAAGAUCCUGCCUUUGUCAUCUCCCAGCAGUGAAGAAGAAUCCUCCAUGACAAAGACUCCGAGGCGACACUCAGCUGAGUUCCUCUUCGAUCAGAUCAGACACUCGACGCCCAAGUACCACUCAGGUGUACCUGUAGGGGCGGGGCCUCACAUCCAAAAGGAACAGACCAAGGAGUUUGAAGGAAGAAGCUCCCCAUUUAAAAAGGAAGAGUUGACUUUGGACAGAAAGAGGUCAACUAGAGAGUCAGGCUACCUGUCAGACCAAACUGAGGGUGUGCCAGCCUGUAAGAAGAGGGCUGAGCCUGAGCCCCAGAAGGAGGAGCCUAACUCAGUGCUGAUAGACUCAUCAGCUGAGGAGGUGGAGCCAGUAGAGCAGGGGGAGGGGCUGAUAGAUGAAUGGACCAGGCCACAUGAGGAAAUAAAGGAGCCUUUGGUAGAGCUGGGGGUGGAGACUAAAUCAGACGUAACAUCAGGCGUCAAGGCUGCCUUCAACACCUUCACAACACACCUGGAAACACACUUCUCUGAAAGCUGGAAGAACAUUGAAGCCGAAGUUCUUCUCUCUCUAAAAGAAUGUCAACAACAGGUCUCCUCUCUGCUAACAGCUGUCCAUCAACAAAGGCUGUUGUUGUUGCAGAGGUUUGAGCUCAGUGUAAACGAUCAGCUGAAGAAUCUGCAGGAGAACUCGAGUAGUCUGAACGACAUCAACACGCAGAUCCUGAGUUUUUUUCAGAGUGAGACUCAGCGACUCUGCUCGUUCUGUGAUGAACACCUGCACAGGUUGAAGACUUUGGAGAGCAGGGGGUCCAGAGUUGAGCGUCCCAAUAGUCAGUGAGAGAAGAGGAAAAAGGAGAGGAAAGUCGUCCAAUCAGGGAGAAACUCACUACAGAUUUGUUCCAGUCACAGCUCUCUCCAGAGCUCGCUCACAUUUCAGUUUUUGUUUACAUGUUGUUUGUUUACAUGAGAGUCAAUAAAUUAAGUUACACCCUCGA